GUUUGGCCCAGAAAGGACAUGGGAUCGCAGAUCACCGUCGGGUUAGCUUUGGUAGUUAACGUGAAGUGUGUUCCCCGUGUCGUCCCACGAAAUUUUAGGUAUCACGCAGGAUCAGUCAAGAAGUGCUCACUACCUUAAGCUGUUCGUGUGGCGACUGUACACACUGUACUCAGAACGAAAUCAACCUCGAGAAAUUUUUAGCUCUUGAAAAAUCCACCUGUUCAAAAUUAGUAACUAUAAAAGACUCUGUUAAAACCAUCAGCAAAUGGCACUCAUAUAUUUAAAGACAUACUUUUCUUUGCUAGCCUUUCAUAUGGUUUUAUGGUUUCUUCUCUUUAGUAAUCGAAGUUUCUUUGUAAUUGAAGUCACUAAGGCCCAGUUGUUGAACACACGUAUUUUCUACAUUCGUAUAGUUGAAUCACACUAUAAAGACAAGAGACAUCUACAGUAAAUCCCACAGAAUACUAUGCAUUGGCAUGGAGUCCUCCAAGCAGUCCUCCUGGCCAUAACAUCGAUAGUCAUUUUAUGGACACAAGAAGUGUUUAGCUUGCCACUGGCUCCGCCCGAUCCGCAGUCACUUCCAAGCGGCAAGGUGGAUGUUCCGGCGGAGAGAGCUCCGAGGCAGGUCAAGCCAGAUCAGUUCGAUAUUUUCAAGAUGGAUCGAGGCUCCAAUAACCAAAUGCAGCAAAAAUCUGACGGCUUCAGAGUUUUCGCAAAGAAACAGCAGGACGACUAUCGUCGUAAGGAUGGCCACAAUGCAAGCAGUGUGCCACCAUUUACUGUGACCAAAGAGAGCACUACUGCUCCUAAGAAAAUCUAUAAAGGCGGAAUUCGACUAUUUGCUUCCCCACAAGACGCAGAAGCUCCACCUGCCGACGCAGGUGCUGGAGCUGGAGACCCAGGAGCUGCAGGCGCAGGUGCCGCAGGAGGAGCCGCUGGAAAUGGAACAGCCAAAGAGCUGACCGUGAGUGUGCAAAAAUACGUUACCAACCAAUAUGGGGAGAAAGUGUACAAUGCUUGGGGCGUCACCUUCGGCCACCAAUUCCUCGACACCCGUUUCGGCCCGGACCAUCAUGAAAAAGCUCAAAUGAAAGUGAAUCCGCACCCGAUUACGAACUACUACCCAAAAAUGGUGAACCUGACCACAGUCUGCUUGAACAGAUCGACCAUCUACAACGAGAUUAAGGUCGCCAACUGGCUGAUGCGCCACGUCUACAGCAGGAAGAAGAAAGUGCGCCCCUUCUUUUCCUCCCUGCGCCAGCAGCUCUACGAGAAGGGGCACUCGGAGCAGUGCCACAAUGAGUCCUACACUGACUGGUUGGAGUACCAAGAGUGCGCCAUUAGACGCAACCAGCGCAUGGAGUACUUCAUCCCCAAGUAUCCGCUGCACCAACUGGCCAUUAACUGAGCUCAUCCACGCACUCAAUCAAAUUUCAGUUAGAUACUGAUCAUGGUUAAUCUUUGUAAUUCGAGUAAAUCUUUGUUAUGCCAUAGGACUGAUUUACGAUCUUUCCCUUCAUAAA